UUGCUGGAUAUUUUAAUGGGCUGGAAGGAAAGCGUGUUCUCCCAGACGGCAGGCUGGAGGCAGAAGCUGCAGUCUCUUAGGUCCCUAAGGGUUUGCCUGAAGAGGACUGGGCAGCGGGAGCAGGUCCGGUUGGAAAAGUACUACCUGCUAAUCGCCAGCACUGCAGAAAUCAACUAGAUAUGAGGAGGCAACCUGAGCUUUUAUUUUUCAGAAGAGGUGGCACAUUUACCACGUUUAACUCGUUCUUUAUUGCUUUGCGCAUUUUAUUAAAACCGUAAUUCCCUUGUCUUUUUUAACAUCUAUCGACUUCUGUAUUUUGCCGGGGGUGGAAUAUAAUGCUGUAUCACAGAUUGAUAUUUCACGACAAAACACACAGAUUGUAACGCUGGUGAAUUGCCAUGGAAAACAAAUUCUGUUCUUUAUAAUACAUUAUCAUUAUCUUGCACAAACAUUUACACAGACACCCUGGCUGCAGAUACCCCAGCUGUUUCUUUCUGGCGACCUUAAGGCAUCGCUUGGCGCUGAGGCAGCGUGAAGAAUCCGCAGCCCGCUACAGCCUGCGGCGUGAAUCGUCUGCAUACGUAUUAAAGACAUCUCCUAUUAAUUAUACGCGCAAUAACCUCAAUUGUUACGCCUUUUUAUACAUAUGAAAAACUAAUAAAACAUCGUCAGUUACAUGAACCCAUAAGGUCAUUCUGCGAUUAACUUAUAUGCAUGUUUUGCAAACAUGUAACAUAUUAAACACAUGCGAUGUCUACGGUAUGCUGAGCGCAGAUGUGAUAAAGAGAGAUUGUGUAAGCGCGUCUGUCCAGGCGGAUGGCGAGGAGACGGUGCGCGACAGGCGAACACCUCGGGGGACACCGUGCAAAGGAGGAGGGGGGCUCUGACUCCGACUCAUGGGCUGUGUUUCAAAGAGGGAUUGGCUAAUGCAAAUUACAGCAAUCGCUCGACGGACGGAUGAAAGCAGCCGCACUCCAGCUUCCUUCGCCUCCCUAAAAACAACGGAGAUCCGCGGGACGACAGAGACGUACAGGUCAGGGCUGAUAAACUGCGGGACCAUUUUCGGUUAUUGGUCUUGAAUUGGGAAGUGCCCCGUUUAAAACGUGUUGGCUGGAUCAAGCGUCAUCCAGACGGUGUCAUUCCUCGGGUGAUCUUCGCUUUGCCUUUGCUCCCAUAUGAGUUCGACCCGGGCCGGAGGCAUGGAACUGGAGCAUUUCGACGAGCGGGACAAGGCGCGGCGGCACGGGCGCGGGGCAGCGCGAGCCAACGGGCUUCCGAGCCCCUCCCACAGCGCGCACUGCAGCCUGUACCGCGCGCGCACGCUGCGGGCGCUCAGCUCCGAGAAGCGCGCCAAGAAGGUGCGCUUCUACCGCAACGGCGACCGUCACUUCAACGGCGCUGUCUACGCAGUCUCCCGGGACCGCUUCCGCGCCUUCGACACCCUGCUGGAGGACCUCACCCGCUCCCUGUGCGACAAUGUCCACCUGCCGCAGGGAGUGCGGACCAUUUACACCAUCGACGGCAGUAAAAAGAUAACGGACGUUGACCAGAUGGUGGAAGGUGAGAGCUAUGUGUGUGGCUCCGUAGAGCCAUUCAAGAAACUGGACUACACCAAGAAUGUCAGCCCAAACUGGUCAGUGAAUGUGAAGACUGCCGUGUCCAGCCGAGCUCCCCCUUCCUUGGCCUGCUCCAAGCCCAACCCUCAGGAAGCCCGGGAAAGCAAGGACUUCAUCAGGCCCAAGCUGGUGACCAUUGUCCGCAGCGGAGUCAAGCCGCGUAAGGCUGUGCGCAUCCUGCUCAACAAGAAGACGGCGCAUUCUUUCGAGCAGGUGCUCAGUGACAUCACCGAUGCCAUCAAGCUCGACUCUGGGGUCGUUAAGAAGCUCUACACUGUUGAUGGGAAGCAGAUCACAAGUCUGCAGGACUUCUUCAGCGAUGACGACAUUUUCAUCGCCUGUGGUGCAGAGAAGUACCGCUACCAGGAUGACCUGAUGCUGGAUGACAGCGAGUGCCGGAUAGUGAAGUCCACUUCUUACGGCAAGAUCUCUGCCACACGUGCCAAGAGCGGCCCCAGGGGCACCACCCAGGCCAGAGGUAGCAAGUCACCCACUUCCACUGGCUCAGUUAACGGGACCCCCGGCAGCCAGCUGUCCACCCCCCAGUCCGCCAAGUCCCCCAGCCCCUCCCCAGCCAGUCCAGGAAGCCUCCGGAAACGCACAGGAUCCCAGGACAGCAACUCAUCCCUGUCUCUUACCUCUACCAAGGUGUCCAACUCCAUAGAAGAAGGUGAUGGUGCAGGGAGUGAAGCCGAGGCAAUGAAUGACUGCCCCCCAGUGCCCGCCUCCAUAGCCGAGAGAUACAAGGUGGGCAGGACCAUCGGAGAUGGCAACUUCGCUGUGGUGCGGGAGUGCGUGGAGCACUCGACGGGCAGGGAGUACGCUCUGAAGAUUAUCAACAAGGGCAAGUGCAGAGGAAAGGAGCACAUGAUACAGAACGAGGUGUCGAUCCUCCGACGAGUCAAACACCCCAACAUCGUCCUGCUGAUUGAGGAGAUGGACACUUACAGUGAGCUCUACCUGGUUAUGGAGCUGGUCAAGGGCGGUGACCUUUUUGAUGCUAUUACCUCCACCAACAAAUACACAGAGAGAGAUGCCAGUGGUAUGCUACACAACCUAGCCAGCGCCAUCAAGUACCUACACAGCCUCAACAUCGUCCACCGUGACAUAAAGCCAGAGAACCUGCUGGUGUACGAACACCAAGAUGGUAGCAAAUCCCUCAAGCUUGGUGAUUUCGGCUUGGCCACAGUGGUGGACGGACCCCUCUACACCGUCUGUGGGACCCCCACAUAUGUAGCACCAGAGAUCAUUGCAGAGAGCGGGUACGGCCUCAAAGUGGACAUCUGGGCAGCCGGCGUCAUCACCUACAUCCUGCUCUGCGGCUUCCCUCCAUUCCGUGGAAGCAGUGAAGAUCAGGAAGUUCUCUUUGACCAGAUCCUUAUGGGGCAGUUAGAUUUUCCAUCACCCUACUGGGAUAAUGUGUCCGACUCUGCAAAGGAGCUGAUCACCUGCAUGCUCCAGGUGGAAGUGGACCAGCGCUACACAGCCCUGCAGGUUCUAGAGCAUCCUUGGGUCAACGAAGAUGGCCUGUCAGAGAAUGAGCACCAGUUGUCUGUUGCUGGGAAGAUCAAGAAGCAUUUCAACACUGGGCCCCGAGCUAUCAGCACCACGGCUGAAGUGUCUGUCAUCACGAUGGACCCCAGCUUAACCAUCCAGAGAUCAGGGUCCUUGGACUUCUACCAACACCCAGGAAUGUACUGGAUAAGACCACCACUCCUGAUAAGGAGGGGUAGAUUUUCAGAUGAGGACGCCACCAGGAUGUGAGGUCCAUGCCCCACCCAGCAGUUCUGCCUCCCUCCCUGCCACCGCCAACUGGAACCUGAGCCCCUCCACUGGGACAGAGUCCAUCCGCCCGCCCAACUCGCCCAUCUGGAGUGCUCCCCGACACCUCCCCCUACCUCACCCAGUGGGGGACAGAAGAGGAGAGAAGGCGGGGAGUCCAUGGUGGAUGGGCAGGGGGCGGGGGGACGCAUAGAGGGACAGAGGAGUUUGAAGGAGCAGGAAAGGGAAUGUGGGCGGAAGCCAUGGCAUCGCUGAAGGGCGACGGCGGGGUGAUCCGCUGAGAUGUGACAGUACGCGAGCCUUUGUAUCCGAGUGCCACUUUGUAUAUUUGCCUCAUUUGUACAUUUCUUUUUUUUGUUUUUAAUUUAAGCAUAUAUAGUUUUUUCACUUUUUUUCAUUUUGAUUAACCCAAGGGAAAUGUAUCAUUUCAAUUAAAUUUUAAUGCUUUAUUUUAAUUCAGUGUCUUUAAGUCAAAUCUCACUGAGAUUGACACUUGGCAGGUGCUCAAGUGACUGUGAUCUUUUAGAAUCAUGCCUUUACUCUUGACCUGUCUGUAACCUCCUUGGAAACAGAGCUGUACCAAUACAUGAAGGCAAAUUUAUAUAUUUUUAUGUUAGUGAAUCAUAUAUUAUAAAUCUAUCAUUGUUGCUUUUAACAAUGUAAUAGCAUGCAUAAUCGAUCUGAAUUGAUCUGACAAUAUAUGUCACUUUUCAGUGUGCUACAAACCAUACAGAACAUCACAUGGAGUGGCAAUAAGUGAUAUGGUUUGCAAUAUAUGGGACAUUUGUCAAUGUUUUUGUGAAGGGAUACCUUUUAUGGAUUUAAUGGCAUUUUGUCUUCAGUUGAUGCUUUAAGCAAGUAGCUGUGACAAGGACAUUUCUUUCAUGACAGCUGGGACUUCUGUCCAGUUUGGCAGAAAUCACUCAGACUAACUGGGGCCUUUUGUUAGUAUGUUGGGAGAAAAAUAUCUCCCAUGAGUUGGUCCACCCCCUUGUAGCAGACAGACACCUUGCAGGUUUUUGCAGAAACAGAACUCAGUGCCUGGCCAACAGUAUGCAGAAACCAGACAGCUUUCACAUCUGUGGCAUACUGGUUUAUAAAACAAUGGGAAUUGUUUAUAUAUAUAAAAAAAGCUUUAGAAAAGAAUAAGAUUUGUGAUAAUACAUGUCUAUCUCAUGUAUAUAAUAUAAUUUUAUUCGUUUUAUAUAUGUAUGUAGGAGAAAAAUGUAAAAAAUCUUGCAUACAAAGCAAAAACGUCCAGUUGCCAUUCUCACACGGUCAUUGUCUUUUGACCACUUAGUCUUUAUAUUUAAAACAUGUUGGUGGACAGGCCACACUCAAGGGUUUGUCGCUAGAUUAUGACGUCAUUUGCCCAUGACAGAGUCUUUAACAACAUGCUUGAUCUAUCCGAACGUCUUACGCCUAAUGGCACGCGAAGGAGUCGGACCUGUGCUCGCGUACCUGAAGCCAUGAAGUGCUGCUGCGGCAUUUCAAGCGAAAAACGUCAAACUGUGUCGUAUAAUUGUUCGUCUUCAUUUUCAGUGCUUAUCGUUUUCUCUGAGCAUUCAGUUUAAAAACGAAACACAUUGCUACAUUUGUGUCAGGCUGUCUUUCAGUGAACUGUAUGCCGAGCGGCGCCUGUCCAUCUCGCGUGCUUAACCCCGAUAGCUACGGCAGGCUGAGUGGAGCAGGGAUCGUAAAUGGAUUUGGCGAUCGGUCAAGCACAGGCGCUCUUAAAGUAGCCAGCUGAGUUAUGUUUAUAUGGAGAAUUUGUUAUUACAAUGUGGGGAUACUGAACCGUUACUGUUGAUUGCGGGGGUGGAAGAAUUUUCAACGCUAAAUGAAGCGAAUGAACGGUCAGAACAGGAAGAAAUGUUAUGCAAAGUUCUGUGAACAUGUAGCAUUUUAUAAUUGCCAGCUGAUGUUUUCUGUUUCAUACUUUUAUUAAACGUGAUUGGGAAUUUUGUGAAUUCUUCUGCAGUACUCAAGUAAACGUAAUCAGGAAAAUAGAUUAAAGUAUGGUUUUACUUAUUAGCAGGACAUUAUUUGUAGACGGAAAAAACCAAAAUGAAGCCAGAAGAGGUGAUACCUACGACACUUGCAAUAAAUAAAAUGACCGACGGCGCACCUGUUUGUCCCAAGUCUGACCGUGCAGUAACCCACAAGCAGCGCAGCUGUUUUAAACUGAUGGAAAUUAUACCAUGAAACGGACAUAUUAAAUGAAGCCCCAGGCUUUCAUCGCUGCUUAGCGUAUCGCUAUGCGGUUAUGGUCGCCCACGCUGUACAAGCUGGCGCUAGUGCUGCCAUCUACUGGUUAGGAACAGACGUAACGGUUUAUGUACUCGGCUAAAAGAUGUCUAUUUGUCAAUGUAUAAUGCUGUUAUUUAGCUGCAUUUCAAUCAAGUGUAAUGUUCGUCAGUUAAUCCAAGAGUCGAAGAAGGAGUGUGAGUAUUACCACACGCCAUUUGCUGUACAGUAGUUUCAGCAUUAAUGUUUGCAAUGAAUUUGUAGUUUUGCUCUUCGGAGGGAUUCCAAAUGCAUUAUAUGAAUUUUGCAACUGGCAUGUUGCAAUAAUACAUAAAUAAAAGUGGCUGUUUGUUUCAAAAUAUUUAAGAUGGUGGUUAUGUUACGGUACAGGUUUUCAUCAGUAGGGAUUUCCAGCUUCUGACAGAAAAAAGCACAACAGAUAUAGCUGUUCUGUACGCUGACUUUGAUCUUGCGGUGUGUUACUUUACAAUGUUCCAACAUGUACUGUAAUUUGGUAUUUUGUCUGAGUAUUUGCCUACAGACAUGCUUAACAUGCAUGAUAACGUAACUGCUGAACUUGAAUAAGAUUCCCAGGAUAAUAAGUUAUUAUAUUGUAUACACUAUGUUUGUGUGUGUGUGUGUGCGUGUUGACAGUGGAUUUUUAAUCUAUGACUUCAUAGCCUUUUGUAAAGUGCUUCAUGGUUGUUAUGUAAUGUCAAAAUUCCUAACUCGAUGUCCAGAGGGGUAGGCUUGUUUUUGGCCUGUAAAGAUGAAGCCAUCUAAUCCUAGAAUAUUGACGUACAAUCGCGAAAACAAUACUGAACAAUAAAGAUGCCAAACUUCA